CUCCCUUUCCUCUGGUCUCUAUUGGUUCAUUCAAAUUCAUUCCUCAAGUAAAGUUCCAUGCUUCUCUGUAUUUCAGUGUUCGAGGGAAGUUACCAGUACGAAUAGUUUGACUACUGUGUAAAGUUUCAUACUUUACAAAGUAUCCAAGAGAGUGAGCCAAAAAGUUUCACUCUCUAAGCACAAGAGAAGAAACUGACAAAGCUUCAGAGGGGAGGAGCACCUGGGUUGUCUCUGACUAGCAGUUUCUGGAGGAGGUGGGUUUUCAGGGACUCUGAACCCAAUAUGAUUGUUAGCUCUCUCUGUAAUGCAAGCACCAGGUUCUCGCACCUUCUUCAGGAUUGAGGAAACUAUACUCCAAUUUUCCAGCAUUCCAUCAAUUGUGGAGGACAUCGAGUGAUCGGAAUAAAAGUGAUUCAACGAUGGAGAAGAAGGUAUUGAUGUCAGAAAGAUGACAGAACACAAAAGAAGCCCCUGCUCUAUUGACCAAAGCAGUGUCACUGCUGUUGCAUCGAAGCGACAUAAGACUGAAUUAUCCAUGUCAACAAAGGAGAGAAAAGAGAAGCUUGGUGAACGAAUUUUGGCUCUACAACAGCUUGUUUCUCCAUUCGGAAAGACAGAUACUGCUUCUGUCUUGUUGGAGGCAAUGGAUUAUAUCCGCUUCCUUCAUGACCAAGUCAAGGUGUUGAGCGCUCCAUACCUACAAAGUACGCCAACAGCUAAGAUGCAGGAAUUGCAGCCAUUCAGCUUGAGAAGCAGAGGUAUUUGUCUCGUUCCGGUUGAUUGCACAGUUGGAGUUGCUCAAAGUAAUGGUGCAGACAUCUGGGCUCCCAAUAAGACUACUUCCCCUAAAUUCGAGAGCGUGUCCUCAAAUUCCUAUUGAUAGAUAUUGUCGAGUCAACCAUUCAAAAAUCCAAAGGUAAUGGAUUGAGGCAGUGUAAAGGGUAACCAAUCAUUUCUAAAGAACAACUAAUUUCCUGAAGCGGAAGAGGAUUCAUAACUGAGAUUUUUAGCAUGACGCCUUCCGAAUGCAGUCAUGCAGGACCUUCAUUUAAUGAUUGGUGGUAUGAUGAGUUUCUAGUCCUCCAGGUUUUAUUGUUUACUUGAAAAUUUGCAGAAUGUAUAUGUAUAAACCUAUGCUAUAAAUCUUGGGUUCUUAUAAACAUAUUUAUAAACCUGGGUUCAUAUAAACGUAUGUAUAAACCUGCUUUACCAAUUCUGUGGUUUGCCCCUUCCA